UCCCCGCCCCUGACUGACCCAGGGCUCUGAACAAGAAAUCCCAGCCCUGCAGUAAAUAAAGGGCCAGCACAUUCUGGGAGGCUGAUCAGCUCCACUUCCCCGGGGACAUCCAGUCUGUAAAUGCUGCAUUGAGAAGCCUCGAAAGUAACUCUGCAUCAUGAAUACUCUGUGUGAAGCAAAUGGCUCCUUUGCCAUCAGUCUUUUAAAGAUCCUAUGUGAAAACAGCCCUUCGGGAAAUGUGUGUUAUUCUCCUAUGAGCAUCUCCUCUGCUCUAGCUAUGGUCCUCUUGGGGGCAAAGGGAGACACUGCAGUCCAGAUAACUCAGGCACUUAGUUUAAACAUAGAAGAAGAUAUUCAUCAAGGCUUCCAGGAGCUUCUCAGUAACCUGAACAAGCCCAACAGAAAGUAUUCACUUAGAACAGCUAACAGGAUCUUUUCAGAAAACACCUGUGAAUUGAUUCCAACCUUUAAGGAGUCCUGUCUUCAGUUCUAUCACUCGGAGAUGGAGCAGCUGUCCUUUGCCAAAGCUCCAGAGGAGUCCAGGAAACACAUAAACACGUGGGUCUCCAAACAGACUGAAGGGAAAAUUCCAGAGUUGCUGUCAGGAGGCUCCAUUGAUUCAGAGACCAGGCUGGUUCUUGUCAAUGCCUUAUAUUUCAAAGGAAAGUGGCAUCAACAAUUUAACAAAGAUUGCACAGCGGAAAUGCCCUUUAAAAUUAACAAGAAGGAGAAACGGCCAGUGCAGAUGAUGUGUCAGGAGGACACUUUUAACCUCGCCUAUGUGGAUGAAAUACAGGCACAGGUGCUGGUGAUGCCCUAUGAGGACAUGGAGCUGAGCAUGGUGGUCCUGCUCCCAGAUGAUGGUGUGGACCUCAGCAAGGUGGAAAACAAUCUCACUUUUGAGAAGUUAACAGCCUGGACCAGACCAGACUUUAUGAAGAGUACUGAGGUUGAGGUUUUCCUUCCAAAGUUUAAACUGCAAGAGGAUUAUGACAUGGAGUCCGUGCUUCAAUGCUUGGGAAUGGUGGAUGUUUUCCAUGGGGGCAAGGCUGACUUAUCAGGAAUGUCUCCAGAGAGAGACCUGUGUCUGUCCAAGUGUGUUCACAAGAGUAUUGUGGAGGUCAACGAAGAAGGCACCGAGGCUGCAGCAGCAUCAGCUGUCGUUGAAUUUUGCUGCGCAUCUGAAGUCCCAACGUUCUGUGCAGACCACCCCUUCCUUUUCUUCAUCAGGCACAACAAAACCAAUAGCCUCCUCUUCUGCGGCAGGUUCUCAUCCCCAUAAAGGCACAUUUACUAUGUAGGAAACAACGGUCUCUUCAGAAUUCCCACCACUCCUACAGCUCUGUGAGGAGGGGCAUGUGGGGGACACCAUGUUCCAAGAUGAGGGCAUUUUCCUCCAGGCAGCUUGAUCUUAUGAUGCCCAUAUUCAUCUCCCCAUAUCCUGUCAAUCAUCUGUGCCCUUUGCCAGGUCUCAGGACCACAGAGUGGUUUGGCUUUCUGUUGUGUAAACAACAAAGGAGGCACACAAAUCUCACAAGAUUACCUACAAAUUUCUCUAACAUGGUCCUAAAUAAACACCCCCUCUCCUGUACAGAUAAGCCAUGCCAGCCAUAUAUACUGUGUUUUUCUGGCUCCCUAACUCUUGCCAUCACUUGACUUAACCUGCUUUAAUGGUAGUAAAUUCUUCUGUGGAUGAUAACAGCUACUGCAGUCUUCUUAGUAUUGUCCUUAAUGCACAGUUUAACUUUAUUUUGCCUCGUUGUUUACUACUCACCAGAAAUGAGUGCAACACUGUGUUAGGCUUGGGGACAGGUGCAGACACUGUGGUCUUCUAACAGUUGACAUUUAGAUCUGCUUUCAACAGCUAGCUUUAACUACCAUAUGUAGAAGACAUGCUUCUGUAGACUAUUGUGUUUUUCUAUCACUAUCUAUUAUACUUAAAUUCUAUGAAGUCCUUAAAAGAUAUUUAAAAUAUAAAUUCUUUUUCUCACCAACCAUGUGUGCACUUUGAAAUUUAAUUGUACCACUUAGAGCGGUUCCUUUUCUGUUGACCGUCUGCAUCUUGGAUAAUCACCCAACUAGACACCAAGGUCACUAAGGAUCAGGGUUAUAUUUUAUUAUGCUAUGUAGGCUAUACUGUGCCACUUACCGGUGGUUAUAAGUGAUUUCACUGUGUAAGAGUGCCAUAAUGGGGCUGGAGAGAUGAUGCAGAUGCUUUGGCAUCUACUGGCUCCUGUAUGCAUGUGGUACAUGUAUCCUCACUCAGACGCACACAUAUACAUUUAAAAAUAAAGAAAUAUUUAAAAGAGUGCCAUAAGUUUUAUUAAUGAUUGGAUAGUAUUUACUAUUUUGACUCUUUUUUGUUUUUAUUGCCAUUAUCCUUGUAACAAAAUCUAUAAUUUAUGGGUAAGCAUCAGCAUCUAUGAGUGAAAUGUCAUUAUAUAUCAUCAUCCCCAUUCAGUCACAUUGUGUCACCAUCAAGCAAUUCCUCUCCAUUCUUCCUUCUUCUGUCUGUGUAAUCAUCAAGCUCUCUGUGUCUGUAGAUUUACUUAUUCUGGACAUUUUAUAUAUAUUGUGUCUUUGCUUUCUUUUAAUGCCUUGGAUGCACACAGAUUUAUUUUCAAUGAAGUUCUAUUCGUUUCCUAUUGUUUUUGUCACUCAGGCUAUCUGUGUAUCAGCUAAGAAUCCCACAGUCAAAUGCAAGGUUACAAAGAACUGCCCCUGUUUCCCUCCAAGGCUUUUAAGGUUUGUGUCUUUUAUAUUUAUAUCAAUGAUUCAGUUUGAAUUAAAUUUUAAAUAGGGUGUGAA